GUUAUUUAAAAAGAUAAGUUGUUCAUUCAACUAUUUGAACUUUUUUAAAUGAAUGCAUAAGUGAUUUAUUUAUUUAAACCGACUUUCUUAAAUCCAGCCGCGUCAGUAUAUUUUGACAAACAUUUCCCGCAGCGUAAUUUGUUUCCAAUGAUCAUAAUGAAAUUUCAUGUAGCGCCAUUACUCACACAGACAAUAAACAACAAGUAUUGUUAACUUGUGUUCUAAGUAUACCUGGCAAAGUGCAGAAAUAACCGAAAAGUGCACUAGGUAUAGCAUAAGAGGAGGAGACAAAUCAUAGCUCCUGCUAUAAAUAGAACAUUUCUGGAGAUGUACAAAAUCUGGCAGAUCAAGAGAGUUUACUUGGAAAAGAUCCAGAAAACAUCCGGUACGGGUCGAAUUAGUCCCAACUAAUUCUAAGUGAACAAAAAUGAGCGACGAACUAUGCUCCGUUCAUAAUAGUUUAGCGUCAAUAUCUCCAGGCUCUACUCCGAAAACGAUCGAUAAAGAGUUAAAGGAGGCAUUAGUUAAAAGAUUGGAAACUAAAAGGUUAUAUCGAAGAGACAGUGACCGAGAGAAAGGGAGGAGAAAUAGUAAGAAAUUAAGAAGGUCAGUAUCCGCCAUCGAAGCCAGUAGAUCACGCGAAAGACCAAGAAUAAGAAGAAGUAUUAGCGAAAGAUGUCCGGACGAAAAACUUUUACAUAUUCCUAAAAGAUGUAAGCAAUCUUCGAGAAGAAGUCGAUCGCGGCCUUCUUCCGAAUUGUCAGUAGGUUCCGAAUCGAGUUGUAGGACUGCUUCCAGUCAACCAGCAUCCGUAGCCGAACUCGUUGCUCAAGAAUUGGGUCUAAAAGAGAUACCGGGCAAGGGAGCUAAAGAAGCAAGAAGAAGAAGAGCCGUUUGGGCAAUUACUCUAACAAGUGUGGCAUUGUUGACAGCUAGCGUCCUCCUAGUUGCCAUUACAUUAUUAUUGUCUCCGGCCGUCGAUGCUCUGCAAUUUGUAACGCCUUAGGUUGUUGCCUAGUGAGUUGCACUGACCGACAACAAAGCUAGCCAGAUACGUGUCUUGCAUUUUUCAACAGGAUCUGC